CUCUCGCUGCUCUCUGGAUUAGCUGGAUUAGCCCUUCCCAGGAUUGCCAUCGCAGAAGAUCUUGAUGGCAGGAUCUUGCGAGAUCAGCAACAUCUUCUCUAACUACAUCAGUGCCAUGUACCAGCCGGACGAGGCGCAGCCGACCCUGGACUUGCUGGGACACCCUGGGGAAGACAGCACCCUGGGGUUGAGCCUCCCCCCCAGCCAGCCCCUGGCACAGAGCACAGACAAACCGGGGUGGUUCAGUGAGCUCCCCUACUUCUGGACCAAGGUGCAGGUGCUGGAGUGGAUCAGCUACCACGUGGAGAAGAACAAGUACGACGCCAGCUCCAUCGACUUCUCCUGCUGCAACAUGGACGGCCACGCACUCUGCCACUGCACCAGGGACCAGAUGCGCCUCAUCUUUGGGCCCCUGGGGGAUGAGCUCUACGACCGCCUGCACGAGAUCACCUCCGAUGAGCUGAACUGGAUCAUUGACUUGCUGGAAAAAGAGGAUGCGACUUCCCAAGAGACCUUCCUGGACUCCAGCCACCUGGAGCUGGGAAAUCCCUGCGCCAAAGACUCCCUGGAGGACAUGAAGCCCACGAACCCUUUCCUAUCCACAGACUUCACCUGCUUGCCUGGUGCCAUGUCCCCAGGCAGCUCUGAUGUCUCAGGGCCUGUGCUGUCCCACAGCCCCAUCUCCCAGGACUCCGGUGGAAGCGACCUCGACCUCGACCCUGCGGAAGCAAAGCUGUUCCCUGAUGGUGGCUUUGCAGGGAGCAAGAAAGGGGACAGUAAACACGGCAAGAGGAAACGAGGACGGCCUCGAAAACUCAGCAAGGAGAGCAGAGACUGCCUGGAGAGCCGGAAGAGCAAGCACUCGCCAAGAGGUACCCACCUGUGGGAGUUCAUCCGGGACAUCCUGAUCCACCCUGAGCUGAACGAGGGGCUGAUGAAGUGGGAGGACCGGCGGGAGGGCGUCUUCAAGUUCCUGCGUUCAGAGGCAGUGGCUCAGCUCUGGGGCCAGAAGAAGAAAAACAGCAGCAUGACUUACGAGAAGCUGAGCCGAGCCAUGCGGUACUACUACAAACGAGAGAUCCUGGAGAGAGUCGAUGGGCGGCGGCUGGUGUACAAGUUUGGGAAGAACUCCAGUGGCUGGAAGGAGGAGGAGGUGCUCAACAGGAACAAGGAGCUGUAG